GUUAGCGGUUUAGUAGUAUAUAGAAGCCUGUGGUUGCAAACAGCAGAGUCAUUCAGUUCGUUCAGCAAUGGAGUAUCUGUGGUAUGCGUUGCAAUGUGUCCUCGUAAUUGUCGGGUUCUCUCUCGUGGCCCUAAUUUACCGUCAGUACACUUAUUGGAAUAAACGUGGGAUCCCAUAUAUGGAAGUGAUACCCCUUUUCGGAAACAUGGCGCCGAUCUACUUCAGACGAAAAACCGUUCCUGAUUAUAUAAUGGAUAUGUAUUACCGAUACUCGGAGGCAAAAUUCUUCGGCCUGAUGGAUUUCAAUACACCCAUCAUUUUGAUCAGAGACCCACAAUUGAUUCGUGAAAUUACCGUGAAAAAUUUCGAAUACUUUCCGGAUCAUAACAGUUUGGUCGACGAGACGAUGGACAAGCUGUUUGGAAAGAAUAUAUUUUCUCUUCGCGGCGAACGCUGGAAGGAAAUGAGGGCGACGCUGAGUCCCAGCUUUACCACCAGCAAAAUGAAGUUCAUGUUCGAAUUGAUUUCCAAGACUUCCAAGGAUUUC